GAAAAAGAUAUUAAUUCCCUCUACGAAGUCAAGAUGUAUGUGGAACCCAAUGAAAUCACCCCUACAGUGCCUCAGAGUACAGUGAAAGCCUUGUAUGACUACAGAGCCAAAAGGAGUGAUGAAUUGAGCUUCUCUCGGGGAGCUUUAAUUCAUAAUGUCACAAAGGAAACUGGAGGCUGGUGGAAGGGGGAUUAUGGAGAAAAAGUCCAACAUUAUUUUCCAUCUAAUUAUGUUGAAGACCUGUCAUCUGAUAACUCUGCUGAGCUUGAAAGCCAGAUUAUUGAGGACAAUCCAUUAGGCUCUCUGUGUCGUGGCAUUCUGGUGCUCAAUACAUACAAUGUUGUGAAAAUGGCACAAGGGAAACACAAAAAGCCUUUUGUCUUCAUUCUGGAACCGAAGAAUCCAGAAGAUCCGUGUGUUGAGUUUGCAACUGAUAAAGUAGAAGAACUCUUUGAAUGGUACCAAAGUAUCCGUGAAAUCACUUGGAAAACUGCAGAAGAGGAGAACAGGAGGAAAUACUGGGAAAAGAAUCAAUUAAUUGCUAUUGAAUUAUCUGAUCUGGUAAUCUACUGCAAGCCAACAAGCAAAACCAAGGACAAUUUAGAAAAUCCUGAUUUCAGAGAAAUCCGUUCUUUUGUGGAAACCAAGGCAGAGAGCAUUGUGAAGCAGAAGCCAGUUGAGUUGUUGAAAUACAAUCUGAAGGGACUGACACGUGUCUAUCCUAAAGGACAGAGGGUCGACUCAUCCAACUAUGACCCUUUUCGCCUCUGGCUUUGUGGUGCCCAGAUGGUGGCUCUUAACUUCCAAACUCCAGAUAAAUACAUGCAGCUGAACCAUGCCUUGUUUUCACUCAAUGGACGCACUGGCUAUGUUCUGCAGCCAGAAAACAUGAGAAAUGAGGAGUAUGACCCAAUACCAAAUGACUCGAAGAGGAAAUUGCAGAUGAUUAUGACAGUGAGGGUUUUAGGUGCUCGGCAUCUCCCUAAACUUGGUAGGAGCAUCGCUUGUCCCUUUGUAGAGGUUGAAAUUUGUGGGGCUGAAUAUGAUAACAACAAAUUCAAGACAACAGUUGUGAAUGACAAUGGCCUUAAUCCAGUUUGGGCACCCUGUGCAGAGCAUGUAAAAUUUGAAAUUUAUGAUCCAAACCUCGCAUUUCUGCGCUUUGUUGUUUACGAGGAGGAUAUGUUCAGUGAUCCCAAUUUCUUAGCACAUGCCACUUUUCCCAUCAAGGGAAUCAGAUCAGGUUUUAGGUCAGUACCUCUCAAGAAUGGCUAUAGUGAAGAUAUUGAGUUGGCCUCACUUCUGGUUCACUGUGAAAUGCAACAAGUUCUGGAAUGUGAAGAAGAGCUUUAUUCCUCAUGUCGGCAACUUCGGAAGCGCCAGGAGGAGCUCAAUAACCAGCUGUUCCUUUAUGACACCCACAUGAAUUUAAGGAAUCCUAACAGAGAUGCUAUAUUGAAAGAAUUCAAUGUGAAUGAGCACAAACUACAGAUGUAUCAAGAGACAUGCAACCGCAGAUUAAAGGAGAAGAAAGUCAGUAACAGCAAAUUCUACUCUUAA